AACUUUUUCUAAUAAACUUUUGGAUCUUUGCAAUUGACGUUAUAUUUAUCUAACGAAAUUAUUAUAUUUUAUGGGUGUUUUGGUUUCCUCAUGUCUUUGAUCUGAAGAGAAGAGGGAGAAGGGAGGAAGAGCUUCAUGUGUCUGCAAUAUGACAGUUUUAAAAAAAAAGUUAAAUAAGUAAUUGAAAAUAGAUAUUUUUAAAAUGAAUUUUGCUCGGAAACAAUUAGAAAAGUAUGGAUGGAGUGAAGGAAAAGGAUUAGGAAAGAAAGAAGAUGGAAUUGUAACAGCUAUUAAACCUAAAUUAAAAUUUGACAAUUCUGGAGUGGGACACGAUGUUGGUGAACAGUUCACCAAUAACUGGUGGGAAAAAUUAUUUAAUAAUGCAGCUGAAAACAUUAAUGUUGAAUCUGAUAACAAUGAAGUAAAAAUGAAACUAAAAUCUAAAGAAUCUAUAGAAAUCACAACAAAAGGUUACUCUAUAAGAGACCUGAAGAAGAACAGCAAUUUAGAAUAUGGUUCUUUUCUAAAGACUUCUAAAAUCACAGGGAAUAAUGUGGAACAUUAUGAUACUCCUAGUAGGUCUGAAUAUAAAAGUAAUUUCCAAUCAUUGACUGAUGAAGAGUUAUUUGCUGCAUGUGGAGGCAGAACUGCCCAUAAAGGUGCUAGACAUGGCUUAAAACUUAGUGGGAAGUUAAGUAGAAUUGAAAAACAGGAAAAGAUGUUAUUGAAAAAAAUGAGAAAGGUAUCACUGUCAGAUAAUGAAGCAGAUAAAAAUGUUGCUGAGAAAAAAUUAAAAAAGCUAAAGAAACACAAAGAUGAAACUAAAGAAAAAUAUAUUCCAAUAAUGGAAGACAGCAUGGAAAGCACAUCUUCUAAUGGACUCAAAAAGAAGAAAAAACGCAAAAGUGUAUCAUUUAGUGAGACUGUUACAGUAACCCCAAUAUACACUGUAGAUCUUGAUACUAGCUUUGAAAGUGAGGGGGGAUCAAUUAAAGAUGACAAUAGCAAUGAGCCACAAUUGGAAGCUGUUGCCAGUGGUUCAGAUGAAGGCAUAGAACAAGACAUCGAAAAUAACAACAAUGAAUAUUCCGACAAUCAUAGAAGUUUUGAAGUGGGCCAAUUUAAUAUAAACGAUCUCUCCAAAGCAGAAAGAAAGAAAUUGAAGAAAAAAAGGAAAUUAGAAGCAAAAAAAUUCACUUCAACUGGAAUUUUCUUACAAAAUCUUAAAACCAAUCUAGAUAAUGAAAACAUGCCUGAUUUUGAAGAUAAGGAAGUAAAUUUGAAGAAAAGAAAAUUUUUGGAUGAAACUGAACAGGCUGAUAUGUGCUUUUCAAAAACGGAACCAGACUUCAAAAACAAGAGAAAGAAGGAAAAAGAAAAAAGAAAGAAGCAGAAGAAGGUAGAAGAUAAGCUUAAUUCAAUUGUUUUGUCACUAGACACAGCGUGCCGUAUAUCUGAAAGUGAGUGAGAUUUGUAAACUAUAUCUAUUUUUAUAAUUUUACAGAUACUUUUUUGUAUCUCUAAGAGUUCAUAUUUUUGUUCUUUUUUUGAGUACUUUUGUUACAUUAUAAUUUGUGUAAAGAGUAGUUAUGUAUGUUACUUUUUUUCUAUAAUUUAAGCACUAUAAUAAUUACAUGUCUAAAUAAGUUGUUUUCGGUUUCUGUAAUAAAAUAAAAAAACUAUUAUUUUC